CCACGUGACUCAGCCAUCUCCUCUGCAACUUUCUUUAGGAAUGUCCCAGUGGGAUUGUUGAUGAAGAGACCUUCAAAGGGAUUUACUCGCAGUUCUUCCCACAGGGAGAUUCCACAACAUAUGCACAUUUUCUGUUCAACGCAUUUGACACAGAUCACAAUGGAUGUGUGAGUUUCGAGGAUUUUGUUAUGGGACUUUCAAUUUUGCUCCGGGGGACAGUGCAAGAAAAACUUAACUGGGCUUUUAAUUUAUAUGACAUAAAUAAGGACGGCUAUAUAACAAAAGAGGAAAUGCUUGAUAUUAUGAAAGCCAUAUAUGAUAUGAUGGGGAAAUGCACUUACCCUAUUCUCAAAGAAGACGCACCCAGGCAACACGUGGAAACAUUUUUUCAGAAAAUGGACAAAAAUAAAGACGGCGUCGUCACCAUGGAUGAAUUCAUUGAAAGCUGCCAAAAAGAUGAAAAUAUAAUGCGGUCCAUGCAGCUCUUUGAAAAUGUGAUUUAACUCCAUGUAGUUCUUUCAACGAACGGACAUUAUGAACAAUUCAGCAGCAACAGCUCCAUACAGGCGUCUCCACUUCGAACCAUAAAACAGGAUUGCUUUACACCGCGAUGUGUAUAGUGCAAAUAAGCUUUGUUUAAUAAGCCUCGGUAACGAGACUGCAUUUUUUCCCACUAGCUGAGAUCAAACAUUCCUCUUUAAUCUAUGCUCUUGUAGAUGUUCUUGAAACCACACUGGAUUUGGAGAAGAUGCCAAAGACAAACAAUGUGAAAACUUGCGCUGUGGCCACCCCAAUCUUCGUAGAAGUUCGAGAGGCAGAGGCAGGGAUGGGAAAAGUCAGGGUGUUUUACUCAUUUGUUGCAGAUGAGUUUCUAGAAUGUAAAACACUUUAUAUUCAUGAUCUUUUUUAAAAAAAACUGUUUCCCACAAUCCCCACACAGCUACUUCCAUGUUGGGGUCAUGCUUUUCAGCAAAAGGCGAGCUCUUUACAAGGCAAGAGCCCUGUUUUUUUUCUCCGUUUUUUUGUACCCAACACCACCACUUGGCCAGUGGUUCCAGGCACUAGGCGGCUUCUGCAUGCCUUUCUCAGGGCUCAUGUUCGGCCCUCAAGUAGCGAGUUCAAGGUGUGCCUGGACCUUCCAUGCCCCACAAUGCCACACUGCACUGAGAGCUUUCAAAGGUAGCACCCGCCUGGGGAAAGUUUGCCCCCUGUGUUUCUCAAUGUAGUGAUCUGCUUUUUUUAAAAUUCAUGAUCACUCAUUUUAUAGAAAAAAAGAUGUUCUUUUAUAGUAAACAUUUUAAAUGAUUCAGGUAAUUUGCUAGUUGCCUAACGCAAACCUCUUUCUGUCAGCAAGAUUGCUACAUGUUUGUGCGUAAUUCUACGGGCGUUUGAGAUGACUGCCUCUUGAUUUAAAAUCAAGAAAAGAAAAUCAGAGUGCUGUUUAGUUCUUAAUUUGGUGAGCUCAUUUGCUGCUAAAUGGAAGAGAAUGUUCUUUUAAGCUUCCAAAGGUCCGCCGCUCAGGAUACUUAUACAGUAACGGCAAACAAUCACUGUAUCAGCAGGCUCUUGAGUUUUGUUUUUUUUCCUCCUGCGUAUCCUCCAAAUGGUUUGGGAAAUAAAUAUUUAUUUAAAAACUGGC